AUGGGCUUAAACAUAUACCAAGGCGUGGGGAUAAUCCUCGUUUUCCUUACCGCCAUCUACACCUGUGGCCUUAUCAGGCACUAUUGCUGCAAUCCAAAAGCACAGACUAAGGAUGAAGAACGAGGAGACGUCGUGAUAAAUCGGGAGGAAAACUAUGAAGGCAUCUUCGUCAAUCCCCCCCAAGAACAGAUCCUCCAUCAACCUGUGCCGUCUUACACUCCUAUUUCCCUUCGCUCACCUCACGACACUGAGCUUCCGGCUUACAAGCCUAUGGGUACUCCUCCGCCUUGUUAUGUUCCAGGACUCAAGGAUUUUCAACCAGAUUCAACGCAGCCAUCGCCUGUAUGA